AAAGUGUUGUUCUUCAGUCUCACUCAUUUCCAAUGCCCUGGGACAGAUUCAUUCACAACAUACUCAUACUUUAUAAUUUGAUUCAAGAAGAACAUGAGCCAGUGAAAAACAUUAACAGGAUUAAGCUACAGGGUUCAGAGGCAAGAGUAUCAGAGACAGACCAAAAAAGAUACUUGUGAACUGAGCUCAAAAUGAGAGCUCCUGUAAAACUCAUCGGCUUCGUCUUUUGGUUGUUUUUCUUUAAUUGUGGCCAAUGUCAAGAAUGUCUUCAAGAGGACAUCAAAUAUGAAAACACAGAACCAGUUACGAAAGCUUUAUACAAUAAUGGUGAAACAGUGAAAGUGAACUGCAUGACAGGUUUUACUGGCAUGUACAGAUUAAAGUGUGACAAGGGAACAUGGAAGAGAGUCAUUGAGCGACCAUGUGCAAAGAAAAAAUGCAGUCACCCAGGAGACACAGCAAAUGGUGAUUUUAAACUUAUAGCAGGGUCGGAGUUUGUUUUUGGAGCAACAGUGUUGUAUACUUGCAAGAAAGGAUUUGAAAUGACAAGCAGAAUCAAUCAGCGUACCUGCAGAGCUCAAGGAUGGGAUAAUACUGUCCCUACCUGUGAGGCUGUGAAAUGUCCAGCCAUUCACACAAAUGCGGAUGUGACUGCAUCAGGCAACACAGAAGAGGGAACUUAUGGUGAUGUAAUUCACUUUGAGUGUGUAUCUUCUAACAAAAAGAUAGACGGAAGUAGUGACAUUCACUGCACAGAGACGGGUGAAUGGAGUGACUCUGUUCCAACGUGCAAAGAGAUAACAUGCACAGCACCUGUUAUAUCAAAUGGUUUUGUUGUUGAGCCAGUUCAAGAAUACCCGAGAGAUGCCAUAUUAAAAUACAGAUGUUUACAAGGUUUUAAGCCUAAAGAGGGAAUCCCCAAAUGUGCUAAAUUUGGCUGGACUCUGAACCCAGAAUGUGAUGAAGUAACUUGUGAGCUUAAGUCAAUAAAAUUUGGAGUAAACAAGAUCAACCCAGAGGGAAAAACUCUUUUCAGAGCUGGAGAAAGUGUGGAGAUCACCUGCGCUGAAAGAUACUGGAUCUUUGGUACAAAAGAAACCAUCAGAUCAUUUACAUGUCAAGAGAACGGGAAGUGGGAUCAUGAGCCUGUUUGUGAGGAUAUUAGAUGUGAAGUUCCACGUGACCAGCAUGUGGAUUACCCAGAAUAUUACUUCAGAGGAGAUAUGAAAGUGGGAGCAAAAAAAACUUACUAUUGCAUGCGUGGGUAUGAACAAAAGGCAGCAGUGGCCACAUGUACACGAGACGGAUGGACUCCAAAACCACUGUGUGCUGAAAGAAUGUGUGCAGCACCAAUAAUCCCGAAUGCAGAGAUUGUGAGAGAUCAGAGACCAAAAUACUACAUGUAUUCAAGGAUACAAUAUAAAUGUCGUCCUGGGUUUGAACCAGAGCAGCUUGUAGAAAUCACCUGUGACUCCCAGUUUCAAUGGACAGGCAUACGGCAAUGCACUGCAAAACCAAAAUUGUGCCCUGAUCUAUCUGUGGAAAAUGGGUUCAUACACACCCUCUCCUCCAAUGAGGAAGAAAUCUUUUACUCCUGCGACACGGGUUAUAAACCAUUCAGUGGGAACUGGUGGGAUUCAGUGACCUGCAGCAAAGGCUCUUGGUCUGAAGAACCUCGGUGCAUCCGGAAGGAAGAGUGUGGUGCUUUUCCCAGUGUUCACCAUGGAAAACUAAAGCAAACAAAACAGAUCUUCCAUGAUGGAGACGCAGUAGCAUUUGAAUGUGAUCCAGGGUUCAUACCAACUCAACGCUUCAUAAAAUGUGUCAGUGGUACAUGGGAGACACCAGUUUGUGAGGUGGAUGUACGUUGUGACAUUCCUCCAAAGGUGGAAAAUGCAUUCAUAACAUCUAAACCUGAAGAAUUUUAUGUACAUGGAUCUAGUGUAACAUACGUAUGUGGAAGCUCGUUCUCAAUGAAUGGGAAAAGCACAGUUUUCUGCCGCAGGGGAACUUGGGAAGAAGUGCCAACAUGUAAAGAGGUAAUAUGUGUUGCAAACCUGACAGCGAACAUGAGAUCAGACGUCACUGAGGACAGACGCACAGGGCCUGAGGUUUCAGUCAGAUCUGGACACACAAUAACUCUUUCAUGUGUUGGGAAGGGAGUGAAAUUACAAGGAAGUAGCAAAAUCACCUGCUUGCCAGAUGGACAAUGGGAAGACCCAUUCCCUAAAUGUGUAGGAGAGGCAACAUGUCCUCUAAACACAACAGUGGAAGACUUAAAAAUGGAGCGAUCCCCUGAUAUUGAGGGUCCCGUCAAACAUGGACAAAAGUUAAAAUUUUCAUGCAAAAGAGAAGGGUUCAAAUUAAAAGGAGAGAGAGAAAUCACCUGUCUGCCAAAUGGAGAAUGGAGCAGCUCUUUUCCUGAAUGUGAAGCUGAGACCACAGAUGAGGUAGUGUGUCCUAUAAACACAACAGUGGAAGGCUUAAAAAUGGAGCGAUCCCCUGAUAUUAAAAGGCCCAUCAAACAUGGACACAAGUUAAUAUUUUCAUGCAAAAGAGAAGGGUUCAAAUUAAAAGGAGAGAGAGAAAUCACCUGUCUGCCAAAUGGAGAAUGGAGCAGCUCUUUUCCUGAAUGUGAAGCGGAGACCACAGAUGGUCAGCCAGACAUAAAUUGAAAAAAAGCUGGAGUAAAACACAGAGAUCUGCUGAUCCCACAGAUGUGAAUGAAGAUGGACAGACAUGCUGCUGCAGCAACACACACACACACACACAUCCACACACACUUGCCUGAUGCCUCAAUAUACUUGCUCAUGUUACAGUUAUAUGGCAUUGUGUUAACACUGCUUCAGAAUAAAGCUUAACAUUCAAACUAUUA